AAAUUGACUAUUUAUUACUAUUAAAGAAGAAAUUAAAUUCAGCUUAACCUCAACGCAACUUCUAGAAAAGCCAUUAUCACAUUUAUCAACCCAUUUUCUUCACUUAUUUUUUCUCAAUUAGAAGUACACAAACAAUAUCUCACUGAACUAUAGAUCUAGGAUUCGUAGCAACUUUUGAAGAAGAAGAAGAAGAAGAAACUUAGGUGAAUCACUGAAAAAUGUCGUGGCAAACAUAUGUAGAUGACCACUUGCUGUGUGAGAUUGAAGGUAACCAUCUCACAUCUGCUGCUAUUAUUGGUCAAGACGGCACCGUUUGGGCUCAAUCCGCCAAUUUUCCUCAGUUCAAGCCAGAAGAAAUAACAGGCAUAAUGAACGACUUUGCGGAACCUGGAACACUUGCUCCAACUGGUUUAUAUCUCGGGGGAACAAAAUACAUGGUGAUUCAGGGAGAGCCAGGAGCGGUGAUCCGAGGGAAGAAGGGUCCAGGUGGUAUCACUAUUAAGAAGACCAACCAGGCUUUGAUCAUUGGAAUAUAUGAUGAGCCAAUGACUCCUGGCCAGUGCAACAUGAUUGUUGAAAGGCUUGGUGACUAUCUUGUUGAGCAAGGUCUCUAGGCAUAUUAUUGGUAGGUUGAUUUCUGGACCUCUUUUUUGCCAUUAGUAUCAGUCCCCAUUGUCUCUUUUAUCACCCUUAUGAUGAGUUGGAACUUUUGCAGUGUAAUAGUAUUCUACAUAAUUGUGGCUCUUAAGAAGUCAUGCUUGCUGUUUACUUGAGGAGAAGGUUGUAAUGGUCAAUGCUCUAUCAUUGUAUUGCUUUUUUUCUCUGGUUUUACUGAUAAGCUUUUGUCAUUGAGCACUUGGUUGGUUAUAUAUAAUGGAAUGGCUUGAAUUUGGAUUUUUGAUCUA